AUGGCUAUUCGUUUGGUUUUCAGUAGUUUCUUGUUCUUAUGUGCGAAUGUGCUUGCCAUAGAUGUAAUGCGCUAUGCAUCCGUUCAAUACUCUACACUCUAUUCCGAAUUUGUUGACUCAGAAGGCAAAUUCUAUCCAUCGUACGGCAAUCCAUUAGAAUUGGACUGGAAAUCAACGACGGCAACAAGUGGAUGGACAUCAGGAUUUUUUCCAGGAGUCUUCUGGAAUAUUUUACAAUACAAUGCAUCACAAGAAUCGCUGAAACGUGCCAUUGCCGUGACAACUCCAACCGCUCCCUUUGCCAACGUUACAGGUACGCAUGACGUUGGUUUUGUCAUCAUGUCUGGCUUUGGCAAUGCUUAUCGACUAUUGAAACUUCCCGAAUAUCUGAAUGUAGUUGUUACGGGUGCACAUUCGUUAGCUACUCGAUAUUCGCCAAUUGUUCGGUGUACUCGAUCAUGGAACAGUGCACAAGGUUUUCUAGUUAUCAUUGAUAACAUGAUGAACUUAGAAUUAUUGUUCGAAGCGAGCAAUCAGACGAAAGAUCAAACAUUAUAUAACAUAGCACGGCAACAUGCUAAUCGAACAAUGCAUGAACAUUUUCGAGAUGACAAUAGCACAUAUCACGUGGUUGAAUACGAUGAAAAAGAUGGAAGUGUUAUUCGAAAAUACACCGCACAGGGUUAUGCCGAUUGGUCAACAUGGGCACGCGGACAAAGCUGGUCAGUUCACGGUUUUACUAUUGCUUAUCGUUAUACAAAAUAUCAACCAUUUCUUGACAAAGCCAUUGGUGCAGCAAACUAUGUUCUGACACACCUUCCCAGUAGUACUGAUUUAAUUCCAUAUUGGGAUUAUGAUGCUCCUCGUAAUUCGACCUUACCAUAUCAACCAAGAGAUACAUCAGCAGCAGCGAUUUUCGCAAGUGCGCUUGUCGAAUUAUCAGGAUAUGUGACACCAGAUCUCAGAGAUCGAUUUUUGGCUGCUGCAAAGGGAGUUGUUGACCAGCUGUCUAGUCCAAAAUAUAUGAUCUAUGGUGAUAAACAAUACAAAUUACCUGCUUUAUUAGUCAAUGGUACAAUUGGAUCUUAUCCGAAGAACCCUUAUGAUGUUUCCUUGUCCUAUGGUGAUUACUAUUUAACACAAGCUGUCAUACGCUUGUCGAAACUUUAG